UUCGGUCAUUUCGUCACAUCCAAUCCAACCCCAGAUAUAUUCUCGUCAUUCAUAUAUCCUAGCACCCUUUGUCCAGCUAAGGCAAAAAAUGAUUCUAGGAGGUGUGCUCAAUGAGAUUACCGGGAACAAGAAAUCCGAAAAGAUUAAAGGCACAGUUGUUUUAAUGAAGAAAAAUGUGUUGGACUUCAGCGCCCUCGGUUCAUCUGCAGUUGAUAGUGUUCUUGAGUUGGUAGGCCAACAGGUCACCCUGCAGCUCAUCAGUGCAGAGAAUGCUGACCCUGCAAAUGGAAAUGGAGGAAGGCUUGGGAAGCAAGAAACUUUGGAGAACUGGAACCUUACAUUUACUCCUCCAGUAGCGGGUGAUUCCUCAUAUAGUGUUACCUUCCAGUGGGAGGAGGAGUUUGGAACGCCUGGAGCUAUUAUAGUACGAAAUAAUCAUUCUGUUGAAUUCUACUUAGAAACCAUUACUCUCGAAGAUGUUCCUGGUGAAGGCCAAAUCCACUUUCUUUGUAAUUCUUGGGUUUACCCUAAUAAACAAUAUAAAAACCCACGAAUUUUCUUUGCAAACAAGACCUACCUUCCGCAUGAAACGCCAAUGCCCCUGCGUAAGCAUAGAGAAGAAGAGCUAAAGGUCUUGAGGGGGGAUGGGACAGGACAACUGAAAUCAGGGGAUCGUGUAUAUGACUAUGCUGUCUACAAUGAUUUGGGAAACCCUGAUUUAGGUUCAGAACUCAUUCGCCCUAUUCUAGGAGGGUCUGCUAAGUAUCCUUAUCCUCGCAGAGGAAGAACAAGUCGACCACCAUCAAGAUCAGAUCCUAACACCGAGAGUAGGGUGUUUAUCCCGGGUAUUUUUAGCAUUUACGUCCCUAGAGAUGAGCAAUUUGGUCACUUGAAGAUGUCAGACUUCAUUGCUUAUAAUCUGAAAGCGUUAGUGCAGAACAUCAUUCCUGCAUUCCAAGCUUUUGUCAACUUUACUCCCAAUGAGUUCGAUUCCUUUAAGGAAGUAGACAACCUCUACUUCAAUGGAAUUCAGCUUCCUACUGAAGCUCUCAAUCAACUUACAAGUAACAUCCCCUUACCAAUGAUCAAGGAAAUUUUUCGGACUGAUGGGGAGCAACUUUUAAAAUUUCCAGCGCCUCAAGUGAUUGAAGAUAGGAGUACACCGACUGCAUGGAGGACAGAUGAAGAAUUUGCUAGAGAAAUGCUUGCUGGAGUGAACCCUCUGCUCAUUCGUCUUCUCAAAGAAUUCCCUCCAACUAGCAAGCUAGAUCCUGAACUGUAUGGUAAUCAAAACAGCUCCAUAACCACAGAAGACAUAGACUAUAACUUAGACGGACUCAGUGUAGAAGAGGCAGUGAGGAGCAAUAGGCUAUUUAUAUUGGAUCAUCAUGAUACGGUGAUACCGUACCUCAGGAGGAUAAACACUACCUCAACAAAGACUCAUGCAUCAAGGACAAUUCUCUUCUUGAGAGGCGACAAUACAUUGAAGCCAGUGGCAAUUGAAUUGAGCUUGCCACAUGCAGCGGGAGAUAAAUUUGGUGUAGUUAGCAAGGUGUACACUCCAGCAGAACACGGAGUUGAGGGUUCUAUUUGGCAGUUUGCUAAAGCUUUUGUAGCUGUGAAUGACUGUGGUCAUCAUCAGAUAAUAAGCCACUGGUUGAACACUCAUGCAGUUUUAGAGCCAUUCGUGAUUGCAACUAAUAGGCAGCUGAGUGUGGUUCAUCCAAUUUAUAAGCUUCUCCACCCUCACUUUCGUGACACCAUGACUAUUAAUGCAUUGGCCAGAGAAAUUCUUGUGAAUGCAGGUGGAUUGCUUGAAGGUACAUUUUACCCUGGAAAAUAUUCCAUGGAGAUGUCAUCCGAAAUUUAUAAGAGUUGGAAUUUCUUGGACCAGGCACUCCCCAAUGAUCUCAAGAAAAGAGGAAUUACAGUUGAUGAUGCAAAUUCCCUACAUGGUCUUCGGCUAUUGAUAGAAGACUAUCCAUAUGCUGUUGAUGGGUUGAAAAUCUGGUUUGCGAUUGAAAAAUGGGUGAGAGACUAUUGCUCCUUCUACUACCAGACGGAUGAAAUGGUUCAACAGGACCCUGAGGCUCAAGCCUGGUGGAAGGAACUCCGAGAGGUGGGUCAUGGUGACAAGAGAGAUGAGCCAUGGUGGCCUAAAAUGCAAACUCGUGAAGAGCUGAUAGAAUCUUGCACCAUCAUCAUAUGGAUAGCUUCUGCUCUCCAUGCAGCUGUCAACUUUGGACAGUACGCCUAUGGAGGCUACUCCCCAAACCGUCCAACACGAAGCCGUAGGUUCAUGCCUGAGAAAGGCACUCCUGAAUAUGCUGAGCUUGAGAAGAACCCUGAGAAGGCUUUCUUCAGAACAAUUACUUCACAGCUACAAACCUUCAGUGGCAUGUCCCUGAUAGAAGUUCUGUCAAGGCACGCAUCAGAUGAGGUGUAUCUUGGACAACGAACCCCGGAGUGGACAACAGAUGCAAUACCACUGGCGGCUUUUGAGGAUUUUCAUAAGAAACUUGCUCAAAUUGAAGAAGAUAUCAUAAAGAUGAACAAGGACAAGAAAUUGAAGAAUCGUGUUGGUCCGGUCAAUGUGCCAUACACUUUGCUCUAUCCAACCGGUGAAGUUGGACUUUCGGGCAAAGGAAUUCCGAAUAGCAUCUCAAUCUAAGUGAUGUUAAGAGCACCGCUAUACUAAAUAAGUUUUGCUGUUGUUUCUGCAGAUCAACAGUAUCGCCCUAUUGUAAGUGUGAUGAAAUGGUGCGCUAUUGUGAUGUUAUGGAAUUCGUUUUUGUUUUCUUUUAUGUCAGGUGAAUUGAUCACUGAUCAGUGCAAUGCGGUCCCUAAACUUCCUAAUUA